AUGAAGGCUACGUUGAUCACCGCCCUCGCCGGAUCCACCUUGGUGGCUGCUGCCCCCACCAAUGUUUCACCACGAGCUUCCAAGGUCAUGUACGCAGGUAUCAACAUGGCUGGGUUUGAUUUUGGCUGCACCACCGAUGGCAGCUGUGCUUUGACCGGAACCAACAAGCCGUACAACUUCAUCAGUGGCGGUACAGGAAUCGGCCAAAUGAACCACUUUGUGAAGGAUGACACUCUCAACGCCUUCCGUCUGCCUGUUGGAUGGCAGUUCCUGCUUAACAACCAACUUGGUGGUAAGCUGGACUCCAAUAACGCCGCCCAGUACGAUACCCUUGUCCAGGGUUGCUUGAAUUCCGGUGCCAAAUUAUGUAUUCUCGACUUACACAACUACGCACGAUGGAAUGGUCAGAUUAUAGGUCAGGGCGGGCCAGCCGAUGCGCAGUUGGCGGACGUGUGGAAGCAGCUUGCCCAGAAGUACGGCAGUCAUUCCCAGAUUGCCUUUGGUGUCAUGAACGAACCCCAUGAUAUUCCAGACAUUAAACGCUGGGCCACCACUGUUCAGGCUGUUGUGACCGCGAUUCGCAAUGCAGGUGCCCAGAACAACCUCAUCCUGCUACCCGGCCAGGGUUACACCAGCGCAGAAACCUUUGUCUCUUCUGGCUCUGCAGCUGCUCUGAAUAACGUAAAGAACCCGAAUGGUUCUAAGGAUAACCUUAUCAUGGACGUGCAUAAGUAUCUUGAUAGCGACAACUCUGGCACGCACACGGAGUGCGUCAAGAACAGCAUCGACACUGCCUUCCAGCCGCUUGCUACUUGGCUGAGGCAGAAUGGUCGCAAAGCCUUUUUGUCUGAGACUGGUGGUGGAAAUACCGCCAGCUGCGCACAGUAUCUGUGCCAGGAGCUUAAGUUUUUGAACUCAAACUCGGACGUUUACCUCGGAUACACAGCCUGGGCUGCGGGUGGCUUUGAUGCUUCAUACGAGCUUACUGGAACCCCCACCCAGAGUGGUGGUCAAUGGAAAGAUACUUCAUUGGUUUCUACUUGCAUUGUUGGCGCAUGGAAAGGCCAAUAG